AUGCAUGCACUUGACGAAAAUCCUGAUCGACGUUUCAUUUAUGUUGAAAUAGUCUUUUUCUGGCGUUGGUGGAAUCAUCAAACUAAAGAUAUGCAAAAUAAAGUGAAAAAAUUUGUUAACGAAGGUCGUCUUGAAUUUAUUUCUCGUGGUUGGUGUAUGAAUGAUGAAACAUCAACUCAUUACAGUGCUAUUAUUGAUCAACAUAGCUUAGGUGCUGAAUUACUACGUGAUCAAUUUGUUGGAUGUGGUCGACCAAAAAUCGGUUGGCAAAUCGAUCCAUUUGGUCAUUCACGUGAACAAGCUUCAAUUUUUGCACAAAUGGGUUUUGAUGGUUUGUUUCUUGGUCGUGUUGAUUAUGAAGAUUAUGCAACAUGUUAUCAAACAAAAACGAUGGAAAUGAUUUGGAAAGCAAGUUCUAAUUUAGGUGAGUGA